CACAAAAAACUUAAAUAACUCCAAAUACUUCUUGCUAAUCAUAGUUCAGAUUUUAAAACCAUGUCACGAGACCCAGUCCCCGCGUUUGAUGCAUACAAGCACCUCAACCUCUCAAUCAACCCCGACGGCUCUUGCACUCGCAACUUCGAGUAUCCAAUAGUCGACCCCGACCCCUCCCCGUCCCCGGGAAAGCUCACCGCCUCCAAAGACAUCACCAUCAACCUCGAAACCGGCGUGACCGUGCGCAUCUUCCGACCAACCAACCUCCCAUCCAACGACAACACCAUCGCUCGCCUCCCCAUCCUCAUCCACCUCCACGGCUCCGGGUGGGUCCUCUACCCAGCCAACUCCCCCGCGAACAGCCGCGGCUGCUCCCAGAUGGCCAGCGAGCUAACGGUGAUCAUCGUCUCCGUCAACUACCGUCUCGCUCCAGAGAACAGGCUCCCGACCCAAUACGACGACGCAUUGGAAGCCCUCCUCUGGGUCAAACGCCAAGCCGUCGACCAAACUAACGGCGAGCCGUGGCUCAGAGACUACGCCGACUUCUCGCGCUGCUACAUCUUCGGCUCCAGCACCGGCGCCAACCUCGCUUUCCAGCUGGCGCUAAGGUCGUUAGACCACGACUUGACGCCGUUAAAAAUAGACGGGAGCGUGUUUUACCAACCGUUCUACGGCGGGAAAGCUAGGACGAAGGCCGAGCUUAAAAACUUCGCCGACCCGGUGAUGCCGGUGCCGGCGAUAGACGCCAUGUGGGAGCUUUCUCUGCCUAAGGGCGUUGAUAGGGAUCACAGGUACUGUAAUCCGGUGGGUUACUUGCCGCAGAAGGAGAAAGUGGGGCGUCUGGGACGGUGCUUGGUGAUUGGUUACGGCGGAGACACGUUGGUUGAUCAUCAGCAAGACUUUGUGGAGAUGCUGGUUACGGCUGGUGUUAGGGUUGAAGCUAAGUUUGACGAUGCUGGUUUCCAUGGGAUCGAGCUCGUUGAUCCACGGCGAGCCGUUGCUCUUCUUAAUAUGAUCAGAGAGUUUAUUAAUUAAUUAAUUAUAAUAAAAAUUAAUGAAAUAAGAUUUUAAUGUAAUAUAUGAAAGAAAAAAAAAUCAGUUUAAGUUAUGGUUAAAUAUUUUUUUGUAAAAUUUUGUUUUCGUGAAAUGAAUAAAAUGAUCACUUUAUUUGAAGUAAUAUUCAAAAUAAAUGAUAAAAUUAUCAUUGCUUUGUUUACUUUUAAUUAAAAUUAGUUCAGUUCAUGUGAUCAGGUUUAGAAAAUAGAAAUCCAAAGAUCUGACGGUGGAUAACAUCAUCCUGAACUAAUACAUAAACAUCAUUCUUCACGGGAUCAGUGUCAUUUUUCGUAACACUGUAGUUGAAAGAUCUUCGACUUACCAAAACUGUUUUACCAAAAAAACAAUGUCAUCUAAGUUAAAAUGAUGGAGUCCUAGUUAGGCUAGGUUUUGGACAAGAAGACAUUGCAUUUGAUUAUUGAAGGAUGCUCAGGGAAAUCACUAUUGUCAAUGUUGCUCGUGGGGAAUUUAAUCGAUGAAAAAAAGAGGUGUUACAAGUUUUCUAUUGUACUAGUAUUACUAUUAGUCAUAUUGACAGGAUUUGGUUAAAUCUAAUUUCAGGAAAGAACCAACGGUUAAUCAAAAAGUAGAACAUGUUUUACUAAAUCAAUAGUGCACAAGACCAGAUCCAAAGAUACAUAAACAUAUGUGUCUAAACAAAGUUUUGAAACGGAAACAACCAUGAAUGCGUUCUUUCACUUGUGCACACACACCUAAAGCUCAAUUGACGAGAAACAGAAACCAACUCUCAGUAGAUAGCCACAUCCAGAUAAUCACCAAUCUACAAAAA